UGUCACGCGGAGGACGAAGCCCAGCACUGAUGGGACAGACACUCUGCAAGUGGUUUCCGUCAAUGCGCACGGUGUGCGCGGGGACACAGGAGGCCGCCGGCUCGAGGGAGCCAGCAUGCGUGCUCUGUGGCCGAGUGGAUGAGGACUCGAGCAUCCUUGGCCACAAAGAAGAGUACAAUGGAUUCUAUUUCCAUAAGUUUUGUGUGGUGAGUUCCCAUGUGGCUCCUGACACCUUCCUCCAACCAGUGAUUCCCUCCUUUCUGCCCUAACAAGAGCCUGCUCUUUCCUCUUCUACAGAUAUUUGUCAAUGGUCUUUGUGAAUAUGUCGAAGGCAGCAGUGAGCUAUUUUUUUGGAUAGAAGACCUGAUACUCACAAUCAGGCAGGCAGAGCGGACAGUGAGUAUCGGACCAGAACAGGGAGCUUGGUGCCAGGAGAGGCAUGGCGAGCAUAGCCUGGUCUCAUAUGAAAGCAAUCCCAGCCCUUGCAACCAGCUCCAAGAGAAAUUCCUGCUCUUGCAGACGAGCCCCGUUCACCAGGCAGCUCUGCAGAGUGCCACCCAGCCCUGCCCCCAUCCUGUGCCCUGCACAGAGGUGCGGGGCCCGCUGCGUAGGCCCUUAACCUGCUGCUGAUGGGAAAUGCUCUGCUCUUUCCAGCUCUGCUUCGUUUGUGGCAAUUUGGGGGCCAGCAUCACCUGCGCAGAGCCGGGCUGUGGCCGCAGCUUCCAUCUCCCCUGCGCUUCGAAGGGUGAAUGUGUCACCCAGCACUUUGGAAAGUUCAGGUCCUUCUGCAGGGAGCACCGCCCGCAGCAGGCAGUGGAGGCAGCGCCGGAGCAGGACACAACCUGCAUCGUCUGUAUGGAGCCCGUGGGGGACAGCAUGUCCUACAGCACCAUGGUGUGCCCAGCCUGCCGACACGCCUGGUUCCACCGGGCCUGCAUCCAGGAACAGGCCCUGCGUGCAGGCUUUUAUUGCUUCCAGUGCCCCCUCUGCAGAGACCGAGACUGGUUUAUUACAGACAUGCACAUUAUGGGGAUCCGAAUCCCGAUCAGAGAACCAACGUGGGAGGACAACGAUGCCUACGCAUCUCUACUGGAGAGGCACGGGAGCUGCGAUGCCAGCCAUUGCCUUUACCCACACGGCAGGGAGCAGGCAGAGGGAGAGGGGCCCUGGCAGCUGCUCCUCUGCAGCUCCUGUGCUGCACAAGGCACUCACCGGCGCUGUUCCAACUUGAGUCACAGCGCAGCCAGCUGGGAGUGCAACGCCUGUGCUGGAGAGGACACCGCCUCCAGCACCAACUCUGAUCUUGCUGGCGACAGCACCAUCAGCCAGCAGGGGCUGGGGCCGUCCCGAGGCUCUGAGACACCAGAGAGCAGCAGCUCCAGCACCACCAGCCACGCACCAUCGGGGCCAGCUGACUGUUCCCCCGUGCCUGAGAGCAGCGUACUCGAGGGGAGCGUUACAGGUAGAGGGAGAGUGACCUUUUACACUGUCUGA